CCUUCCCACAGCCAGCUCAGCCAGGCAAGGCUGAGGGAGGGAGUGGGACAGAUUCUGGGAGUGCAGUGGGGAGGAGUCCUGGCUCCGCUGAGCAGGAGCUGCUAGGCUGUCGGUGCCAGAGCUCAGGCCUCAGAGCCCUGCUGGAGGAGGUGGACACAGAGGAGGCAGGCCCAGAGAGGAGCUGAGGCAGGGAGAUGGCUGACUGCUACACAGAGCUCGAGAAGGCCGUAGUUGUCCUGGUGGAAAACUUCUAUAAAUAUGUAUCCAAGCACAGCCUGGUCAAGAACAAGAUCAGCAAGAGCAGUUUCCGCAAGAUGCUCCAGAGAGAGCUGAACCACAUGCUGACGGACACAGGGAACCGAAAGGCAGCUGACAAGCUCAUCCAGAACCUCGAUGCCAACCAUGACGGGCGCAUCUGCUUUGAUGAAUACUGGACCAUGAUAGGCGGCAUCACCAGCCCCAUGGCCAACCUCAUCCGCCAGCAGGAGCAGCAGGAAUGCCAGCAGAGCAGCAGCUAGGGGCCUCAUGCGCCCCUUUCCCGUCCUGACCUAUGAUGCCCUGCCAGUGUUCUUCCCACGCUUUUUAUUGACUCUUUCUUUCCUUCU